AUCUUGCUCCUUAUAAUCUCACCAAGCAACAAAAAACAUAUACUAGAAGUACUACUAAGAAAAUUCUCAAUGGCAUACUACGGAAACAACUACUACGAGAGGGAGGUCAUCCGUGACACCCCAUGUGACUCUUACUCUGAAUUCAACAGGGUUGAGGGUGGAUAUGGAAGGCCUAGCUACCCAAUAGGCCACCAUCACAACCACCACCACAACCCCCACAAUGUGGUAACUGAAACUGAUGUUAUAUAUGAGUCCAGCACCAUCCCAAGCUAUGGCCACCACCACCACCAUGGUGGUGCUGAGGUUAUUGAGAGGAAGGAAGAGCGGAUUGUUUAUGAAAAUGAAUUUGACCCAUGCAGAAGGAUGUACUAGAUUAAUGCACCAAGUCAGCUCCUGCCAGUAAGAUCUAACAGGAAGUCAUCAAGUAUGGGGAUUAGUACAAUAAAUUGCCUCUAAGACAUUAGAUAUGUUCUGUUUGCUACUAAAAUCGGCAGGAUGCUUUGCCUCUACAAUGUAUAAGUAAUAUGAUUUGUAAUGUAAUCAAUUGUUCCAAUGAAUCAAUGUGGCGUUUUUCUUCUUAUAAA